AUGGAGCUCUCGAGAGACUCGCAUGCUCACGUUCCCGAAGCGAUGGAACUUGAUUCGCUUCCUGUGCCCGCAACAGAUCUGGUCACCAACGUCAAUACACACACUUAUGCCGAACACAGCGUAGACCACUCAAUCCACUCAGACGACGAGAAUGAUGAGGACGACUCGGAAGACUCAGACCUCGAUGUUCAGGACGACACGGACUCGAUCAACGUCAACAAUCUCGAAGCGACAGAACUGGAUCCGCGUCUUGCACCCACUUUCGAUCCACAAGAAACUAUGUCUGAUUCUGACGUCGAAGUCGCGGAGCCCGUUGAACUCGAUGGUGAUCUCAGCAAUGUGCCGAUGAUCCUCAAGUCGCAUGUUACGCAAAAAUUCAUUUCGUCAAAUUAUUCGCAAUCAACAAAAUCAAAGCCAGCAACAUCGAGGGAUGGCGAACUCGCAUCCAUCAUGGCAUCUAUGAGUCUGUCUCAGAAUGCCAAUAAUGAAGGACGCAACAUCGACAACACAUACCUGAAGAUCUUCCGCGAUUGUGUCGAAGAACUCAAAUUGCUCGAAAAAAAGGCAAACUCGAUUCGCCAAGUUGCAGGCAUCAUGAAAACCAUUACUGAGUCGACUGGUUAUCGCAUUCCUGACGGCAUAAACAAAGCACUUCUCAAUGACCUUGCAUGUAUCUUGAUUGCUACAACAUCGGACGCAUACUACAAGACUGCGCCACGCAAAAUCCCAGCCUCCAUCCCAGCCUCCAUCCCAGCCUCCACCCCAGUUCAACAACCCACACCAGCCUUGACAACCACAAGUCUUCACUGCAAAGUUAAGCCUCCUCGGCCUCUCAAGCGCUUUCGCAUCAACGUCAUCACACACCUGAGCCUCAUUGGAGGUAAACCCUCCAACUUCGAGACAUUCACAACUCCCGUAAAGACCACUCUCGCCAAUAUCAUGGACAAAGUCUCAAAAGCCCUUCGCAGAGGUCAAGCCUACUAUCCCCAUCGUUUGGGUUUCUUGACUGAUCGUCAGAGCAACAAUGAUGCCUGGCUCUAUCAGGCUGCAACGGACAUGGAAAUGCUUGAUCUGGACCGUGACUCCUGGCGAAUGGUGGACGAGACAAGCUAUAAAACACUCUCUUCUAUUGAGGGCAAGCAGAUUUUUCUGAUUCAUGAGUACCACCAAACAAUGCCCCAGCACAUUCAGGCAAAGCUCAGGGGCAGGCCCAGGCACUGGCAUACCUGGGCCCUGUUGGACUAUCUCACACCCUAUGGUCCCCCUGCCCCUGAGUUCCUGCCGUGCUCCAAAAGCACUGUCGUUGCGCCUGGAAGCAACGUGAUGACUGUUGUGUCGGGUGCCCACCGUAGGCCUCGCAAAGAGGGAAGGAAGGCCAAGGUGGAUGGCCUCAAGCUCGCUCACCAGCAAAAGCACAAGUAG